AUGUCUUCAAGUUCAAUAAUCGAUUUUAUUUCAUCAUCAUCGAUUGUACACGAUGAAACAUCAAAUCAGAGUAUUGAAAUUCCUGAUCCACCAACAUUGACUGUAACACAUAUUUCAACAAAUAAUAAUAAUAAUAAUAAUAAUAAUAAAAAUAAUGCAAAUGUACCUGCAAAUAGUUCAGAUAAUACUUCUGAUAGUGAUGAGAAUGAUGAUGAAGAUAGAAUACCAAUGAAUAUAACAUUCGAUUGGAUUGAUGAACAAAUGCGUGCAGGUGUUGAUUUACGUCCGAUAUUGUCACGUCUUUUACCUGGCUUACCUAAUGAUGUAUCACAAUCGACACUUUUUGAACUUCUUAUGGAUCUUUUUUUACCUGUACAACAGCGACAACCACUUGAGCAAUAUAAAACACUUGAUGAUGCUGUAGAUUUAAUUCGAAAAUGUAAAAAUAUUCUUGUUCUUACUGGAGCUGGAAUUUCUGUUAGUUGUGGAAUUCCAGACUUUCGUUCUCGCAAUGGCAUUUAUGCUCGUUUACGUGAAGAAUUUCCUGAAUUACCAAAUCCUCAAUCAAUGUUUGAUAUAGAAUAUUUCAGUCAAGAUCCUCGACCAUUUUUUCGUUUUGCUAAAGAAAUUUGGCCUGGUCAAUAUCAACCAUCGUUAGCUCAUUAUUUUAUCGCUGAAUUAGAACGACGCGAACAAUUAUUACGCAAUUAUACUCAAAAUAUUGAUUCACUUGAACAUUUAUGUCCUAUAAAACGUCUUAUUCAAUGUCAUGGAUCAUUUUCAACUGCGACAUGUCGCCAUUGUUUUAAUCGUGUUACGAGUGAUGAAAUCAAAAAAGAAAUUUUACAACAAAUUAUUCCACAUUGUCAUAAAUGUUCAAAAACAAUAAAUAAAGCAAUACUUAAACCAGACAUAGUUUUUUUUGGUGAACCAUUACCUGAAGAUUUUCAUAAGACAAUAUCAAUUGAUAAAGAUAAAUGCGAUUUACUUAUUGUUAUGGGUUCAAGUUUAAAAGUCAAACCAGUUUCACUUGUAUCAGAACUUUUACCAGCACAUAUUCCACAAAUAUUAAUUAAUCGUGAACGUUUACCACACAAAUCAUUUGAUAUUGAAUUAUUAGGAAAUUGUGAUUUGAUUAUUAAUGAAAUAUGUCUUCGUUUAGCAAAAUUUGAACCAUCAUUUGGACAAAUAAAACAAUUAAAUCAUAAAAAUCAUAUAUUUAUGAAUGAAAUUCUUUAUAAUAAUUUACGUACAUCAAUGCAAAAACAAAAAAGAAAAAAACCAAAAUAUUCGACUAAUAUAACAACUGAUACAUCGUUACCAAAAGAACGUUUAUCAUCUCUUCGUCCUCGCCUUUUUAAACCUCCAAUAAUUACAUCAUCAUCAUCUUCUUCAACAUCAUCACGUAAACGUCCAUAUUCAGCUUUGAAAAAUUCUCCUCUAUUUAAUCAAGAUUUAUCAUAUAUAUCUUAUCCUCCACGACGAUAUUUAUUUACGGGUGCAGAAAUUUAUUUCUCAUCAUCAGAUGAUGAUGGAAGUGACGAUGAUUUACCCCGAAAACAUACUGAAUGA